AGGUAAUAGGUAUUUGUUAUUAUGGCACACUCUCCACUCCUACGCACCGUAGCACGGUUCAAGCUGGAUACUCGGAGUGUAGCAUUGGUGAACUACGAGCUGGCUCUCGAAGACAUUAGUACCAACUUACAAUUACCGCCUGACAAGACCAAUUUCGACGACACUCGAUGGGCCAACCUUCGGAAAGAUUACGAAAGUAAAACGGUGCGAAGUUCUAAGAAAAAACUAUAUGAGCAAGAAUAUGCUACAUUACUUCUAAAGGGCUAUAAAUCUUUGCAGACGACCAGACGCGUGCCACGGCACUAUUGCAACCUACUUCAAACCGGACAAGACGUGGUUCCAGGAGAUAUGCGCACGCUGAAAGCGACGCUUGAGAAAUCUGGACUUACUGAUUGGAAGCCCCCCGCAUCCUCCGAGGGUUUACUAUUCGAAAGCCAGCCCAUCAUUUACACCUAUGGCCAAGUGUCUGUAGCGGAAACGGGAAUAAUAGAUAGAAGACUCCUUCACGUGUAUCUAUCCCCUAAAUAUGUCCCGAAACCACAUUUCAGAAUGGAGAGAAAGCGGUUAGAAGCCAAGAGCGCCGAAUUCGCGGCGUUUGUUGAAAAGCAGGCCUCAAAUCCGAAGGUGCCGAGCCUUAUCCCUCGUCCAGAGGACGAUUCGUCUGACGAGGGUCUCCUGACUAUGGACGAGUCUUCCGACUUGGAAGAAUAUUAUCCAGUCAGGGCCAAGGGGUCUAAGGCCAAACUUGGUAAACGCAAGGCAGCCGCGAAGAGCAAGCCGAAGAAGCGCACGAGGAAGCCUACAAAGUUUGUCAAGCUAUACGACAGCAAGGCUCACGAUUACGCUCAUCUCAGGGCCCAGGGAGUGAAUUUGUAUUCCCUGGUGGUGCAGAGACUGCCUCGUGCAGAAGUGCCGGAACUAGAAAAGGUGUACAGCGGACUAUGCAAGAUGAAGGUUACGUUACCAGGCCCCGAACCUGACGAGAAUGACGCUCUUAUAGAUCAGCUCAACACUCAUGGCCUCAUCUUACCUAUCCAGCUUCCGCGUAACGAUGCUGAAGUGGAGGAGCAACAGCCUCCUACCUUUGAAGAAGCAGCAGAAUACCGAGCGUGGAGAACGCAAGCUAAUCAAUUCUUCGGCGAACGGGACCGGUACAUGCAGAGCAGGAUUUUCCGCGAGGGGGUACGGGAUAACAGGUUAUUGCACGCUACGCACGAACUGAUGGCGUUCUGGGCCAAGAUGAUGGUAUAAAGAAGGUACCUAAAAGAGAGCUGAAAAGAUUUCGUAGACAGAAGUAAUGGGCCAUGUAAGCGGCCUCUCCCUUAGGUUUGUAUUUCCUAUCUUAGGUAGGUUAGGUAGCUAUCAAUUAUGAG